AUGAUUUUUGAUGUUGCCUCACUAAGACCUCUGAUGCCUCUUAAACAAGCUCCUGAAGACAUUGAUCCUAGGCGAGGCCUUGAAGACGGCGACUCUGAUUCUCGCCGACGUCUCUCACUCAAGCCGCACUUCAUUGUAGCCAAGGACUCCAUCGCUAUCGGCUACGCUCGCCAACUUCCUCGCCAAUUCCUUCGCGCAUUGACGAGCAGCGCUCCACCGUCUACGAAUAAGCACCAUGAAACGCCCGCAGUCUAUAACGAGCCUAACGUACCAGCCCAUAUCGCUAGCAUUCAUCCACCAAAUGGCGCAAUCACAAGCCCAAGGCUUAGAUCGUCACACCCCGUCUAUCGUUCGCUCCUCUUGAACAAUAGCAUCCGCAUGGAUCGUAUGGGAAAAGUGAGGUCAUUACAGAUAUCCCGCUGGUUAAAAGUCCGACUGGAUGCGGAAACGAAACACUGUUCUAGAGGGGACAAGUUCCCAUUUCUUGCGCUUGAGUUAAAGUCAGAAAUCACCGGCGGUAUUCUCUGCUUAAACCAGCAUUCCAUACCCAGACCAUCCUCUCCACCGACUGCAACUUUCUAUUCUAUAUACGCUACUACCUGGAGGAUUCUCAACGAUAGGUUCAGUAGACACCCAAAGCCUACCAGCGCUGUCCGCGUUACACAACAACAGCCAAAAAAACAAGUCAGCGGUGUAGGAUUAGGCAUGCACCAACUCCCGUGCCAUGGGAGCGCCGGCCUUCCAUUGCUCUCCGCUAGUGUGUCCCGUGUCGUCCUACAGCUUUCUUACUCAGUUGUUGUCAAAGAGGCUUGCGGCGAAAUGAACCAACUAGUCCUUAACACCGAGCGCGCUAUCUACAAGCGCCUAACCCUCACCCACUCAUCACCAUGUUGCUCCAUGUACAUGGGGAUAUGCCUGUACUCGAACGCCUUUAGUACUCUCUACGUAAGAGGCUUUGGGAUCUCUACGCCGCCACAAGCCCUUUCAGCCUACAGAGACCUUCCUCGCGUUCGAUCAUGCAACACACUGCAAGUGGAUGCAGGCACACAUAAUGCGCUGCUUGACUGGGACAAGAGCCUACAGAUAUGUGACUUUGCUGGCUGUUCAUUCCCACCACCGAACCUUCCUAUAAAGGCGCCUUCAACUCAGUCUGAGAUAUUUGCGCUUGGCGUUAUGCCCCAUGCGGUUAUAAAGUUGUACCGCGCAAACGAAUUCCCGGCUACAAGUGCGCCAGUACUUGAGGAGGUGGUUACAAGGUGCUACAGAUCGGAGCACAAGGAUUUUCAGCAAGUGAUGGAACACUAUACCAUAUGUUCAGAAGGGCAAGAUCCAAACAUCGAAGAAGAAGUAAGUCAUCAAGCCGGCGCCCCACUGUUAUCGUUAUCUUCCCAGUCUAUUAAGUCCACGUCCACCCAAAGAUCCUCGCGUUACCCUCAAGGUCGUAAUCCGCUCAAUCUAGAGAGGUCGCAACGCGAGCAGUAUGGUUUGGAGGAAGAUAUACUAGCCGGUAUAAAGUCCUCGCGAAGCAGCGAUCCUUCUCAGAACAUCUGCACUAGCUAUGUAUACCGAACUGUAGAGAUACUGGGAGAAUUGGUUGUGCUAAGAAUGGAGGGCAAAGGAAUGGAGAGUAAUGACUGUUUAAUAUCACCUAAGGUUGUCGACUAA